AUGAGAAUUGAACUUAAUUUAUUUACUAAUUUUCUUAACAGAACUCUCAUUUAUGCUAAUUUGAGACAUUAUAUGCGAUCGAAAAUUGUUUUUAAUAAGAGAGAUAUUAAUCUAGAGAAUUGGAAGGAGGAAUUGGACAAUACAAUGCAAAUUCUCCCAAAUUUUAUUACUAUUGAAGAAGAAAACUCCUUAAUGAAAGAAGUUGAUCCUUACAUGAAAAGACUUCGAUACGAAGAAGCACAUUGGGAUGAUGCAAUACAUAGUUAUAGAGAGACAGAGAGAAGUGAAUGGAAUGAAAAUAAUGUGAAAAUAAUAAAUAAAAUUCGAGAGAAAGCAUUUCCUAAAGGGAUGUCUCAGCUUUCAUUAAUACAUAUUUUGGACCUGGCACCAGAAGGAUGGAUAAAACCACAUGUUGACAGUAUUAAGUUUUGUGGAGAGAUUAUUGCUGGUUUAAGUUUGUUAACUGAUAGUGUAAUGAGAUUGACGCUGCUUCAGAAUGAAACAUUGUAUAAAGAUUUCUUAUUACCACGAAGAUCUCUUUAUAUAAUGAGUGGUACAGCUAGAUACGACUAUAACCAUGAAAUCCUAAAGAAUGCAGAAUCAUAUUUUAAAGGGCAACACAUACUAAAAGGUAGACGUGUCUCAAUAAUAUGUAGAUGUCAACCAAAAAAAUGA